UGUCUUUCAACGGGUCGAGACCGUUUGAAAAUGCAAUAACACUAACUAUGCAUGUUUCCAGCUUUGGAAUCUCAGAAUGGCCGAGUUACCGCCAUCGUCGUUCCCCUCUACCGCGACACCCAUCGCCAGCCUCUCACCUACCAUCCAGAACAUAAAGGAUCAAUAUGUCCGCGCGGUUGUGAUACUCCUGUGGCCGUUUUCGUCGUCAUCGAAACAGUGUAGUUUACUCCUUUCAGAACCGGACUUUCGGCUCCGAGGCCUAAAAGGCCAAGUCAAAGCCGUUUUCCAUAAUGGCGCGGCAUCGGCAGUUGCCGAGUCCAAAAUUGCGAUUGGUGACAUCGUUCGUUUGAGUCUCGAUGGCGUGAAAUGGAAAAGCACGGAUAAUGGAAGCUCUGACUUGACACGAGAGCUUGGCUGGGAUCUUGAAUUUGACAACCGGGUUUUGCUUGAGAUCCAUCGCGACUCUAAACCUUUGGGCACUGUCGAUUUUAAAUACCUAACAAACGAGGUUGCAGGCGAGGUGCUGCAGGGUGUAUUGGCUGUGACGCCUGCCGUGAGGCCUCGCUCUCCCUCUCCUUCGAAUGCAAUCCCAAAUGUCUGGUCGUCUCCAGCCUUUGCCCAUUCGCUUACGUCCUCGAUGAUUGCCAAUACAGCCGAAGAGGAUGGCUUCAUAUUAGGCAGGGGCAGGAAACGCACUAAGUUCGGCAGGUUAAGCAGUGAAUGGACUUACCUAGAUUCCCCCCCAAGUCCAAUCGAAGUCGACGCUGCAAUAUGGCAGGACGGACUAUUAGAAGAUCAAAGUGAUAGGGGGGAUGUUUCUAUUGCUUCACCUUCUCCCGAUAUGGCAGAUGAGCUCCCUAAUCUUGCACAUCCUCAUCUCGAAACCCCGCGUCAACCUAUUGAAUCACCCGAAUUACCUGUUUCUGCUGACGAAAUUAACGGCCUCAAAGAAGAGCCUGAGAUUAGCCAUAUUGAGCAAACGGCCAGAAUGCCUUAUACUCUGGAAUCCAGUCCCAUUCCAACCGGCUGCCUUUCACCCUCCAUUCGGCGCACUCUUGAAAGCAACCCUGAAGCGGAAUCGCCUGGUGUACCCCCCACAUUGGAGAAUGCGGGAAAAGAUGAAGUUUACAACCCGUCUGAUAUCGACGUCUCGGCUGAUAUGAUGACUGGAUUACAAAAGCGCACAGAGCCGACGCCCGAAAUCACACAACCGCCACCAACAGCUCUGCAAGGUAUUCCCACAUCACCAAUAAUUUCCAGCCCUUCAACCCAUGAAACGAAAGAGCCCAUGGAAGGCAGCGCCAAUAGCGAAGCUGAGAGUGAAUAUUCUUUGCCCGCAACAUCCGAGGAAAUGGAAGAUUUUGUGGAAAAUCAAUCUCCUGGCACGGAAGAUUCAGAAAUUGGUGCCGAGGCAUCUGAGGCAGAAGCAACAUCGGAAGGUGUUCCAGAACCACAUGGACUAAAACCAGCGCAGGCCCACGAUUGGGAAUAUUCCGAAUCUGAAGUUCCUUGUGAAGAAAGCCAAUCUCCUGUCUCUCGUGCGUCGGCAAUUGACGAACAUGGGCUGCCUUCGAGUGGUGAUUCCGAGGAGUACGAAAUCCAGGGAGAUUCUUUUAGUAGGACACCUUAUUCUCAGGAGGUUAUCAUUCUAGAUAGCGACGAAGAAGAAGCGGGAGCCGGUCGUUUGAUCACUUCGCAACGAUCCGACAGCAGUCAGCACGAAAUUGAGAUUGAACCCGAAGAAAGCAAUGUUUCUGGAAGUUUGAGCGCUGGAAUAGAAUCUGAAACUUGCCGAAGGGCGGUGAUAUCUCUAUCGGAUGACACUGAACAGGUGGCCGAGUCCUCAAGUUUUAUAGGCUCACAGGGAAUUUAUCGUCAGAGUCUUUCUUCUUUCUCGACCCGGGAAACGAUGGGAGGUCACGGGGAAGUUCCCGCUCCUCCAGUGGAACGUGAAAUAAGACCUCGCCCGGAGUCUUCAAUGGUCUUAGAGUCACACACGUUUCCCAUCGACCCGUCGUUGCUUCUCGACGGCACGGGGCAUGGUAGUAUAGCCAUCGAACCACCACUGCAUGGCAAUCACCGCCCGAUAACUCCAAGCAACACCCAGGAAUCCCGGAUUUCAUUUUACGAGCUACAAAUGCCAAGUAUGCAUGCCGUUCACCCUCUACCAACUCCGGAAUUUUCACAAGAGGGACCAGUCUCGAGACCUUCAUUAUCGGAGUCCCUUUACGCUACUGAGACCGAACCAACGUUCAAUUCGGUGCUAGAGGGCUCCUUCGAGGUUUCGCGGCCUCCUGUAAUGCACCUUCAAGAAGAAGCUUUGCCACAUCGCAGUCAAUUUGACGAAGUUGGUGCUUCAGCUCCAGCGGCGGACUCUAUGGUCAGUCGGCAUGAAGCUUCGACUGAAGAAAGGGAAGUCGAAAUUUCUAGUAAAGCUUCCACGCAGUUUCAUACUCCCGAACCCACAUUGGAGGUGUCCAGUCCAGUAUUGGAGAUCCCGAGAGAGCGCGAGGGUCUACCCGGAAGCCAUGUGGCGGGUCUCCGUACGAAACUGUCCUACUUUUGUCCUUUAUCACUUCUCGUGGGGAAUUUCAAUCAAUCCGUUGAUACCAUAUCGGUUGUUAUUUCAGCAUCGCCUCUCUCACGAGCCGGUCGUCGUCCGCGUGACCACUUCAUAACAUUGCAUAUUACAGAUUCGUCCUUGGCUGGAGAUGUUAUAUGUGCACAGAUUUUUUGCAAGACCAAGGCCCUCUUGCCCACUUGCACCGAAGGCGAUGUCAUUUUAUUGAGAAACUGCAAGGUGCAGAGUAUUGACCAUAAGAUGAUGCUGAAUAGUAUGGAUGAUAGUUCUUGGGCUGUCUUCGUACAAGGGGCCGCGGAGAAUGUACAGGUUAACGGCCCACCCGUUGAAUUUGAUGAAGAAGAGCGGAAUCAUGUUACCGGCUUGCGCCAGUGGUAUAUGGACAGCGGUGGAGCCCUAGUAGCGAAGAAAGGGGCACGGUCGAGGGAGGGUGGGAGUGUGGAAACAAGCAGCAGUAUUGCACCCAGCGAGAGCGGCAGUGUCUCGAGCCGUGGUCGUGGGAAUAUAUUCAAGAAGUAUCGCCGAAAGCGGAAAUCCACUCCUCGACGAAUAACUGUGCAUGAACUGCGAGGUGGCAGACGGUACUUGGAUGUUGGCUCGCCGCCUGACAAGGAGAGCAUCCAUGAAUUGAGAGAUGGCACAGUCUAUGCUCAUCUAUAAAGUGCAUUUGGAGAAUGCAACGCGUUGUGAUUUGGAUAGAAAAUACCCCAGCAGUGAUUGGAUUUUUCGGAUUAGCAGAUCGCAUCUUUGGGUGGCGUUUUAUCUUGACAGGUACUCCGUACUCCGCUAUGUUUUUGUCCCAGCAAGUGUAACCCAGCAUUUUGUUCUACAGACAUGGAUUAAAUUGGAUAUGUUAUAAGGAUCUACAGGCUCAAAGGAAGCAGUUCAAUAUCC